AUGGCGAGCUUGCACGCCUGUGUAAGCAUUAUUGACCGAGGGUGGAGCCACGCUGGGCCGCACAGUAAUGUAGUGCGUUACAAAUACACUACCUCCUUCAGAGGAGAAAACGCAAUGAGGUCUAACCACGAUCAGAUGCUUCCUAACUGUGCAGUCUUCAUGCUUCCAACUGUAAACACUUUCGAGGAUCUGCAACAUAAUAUUGAACUUUAUCUAAGUCCUGUGGUCCAGGAAAACAUCAUGGUUGAGAAAUCUCCCUGCCUAUUUUUUGCCCCCAAGAAGCUGCUCACCUCAAAGGUUCAUAGUGCUCGUACAUAUUCUGAGCACUUCUUAUAUCAGGACUUUGCCCUUAGCAAAUCAAAAUGUAAUAAGCAGGUUGCCUUUACAGUUGGAAAAAUGUAUAAGUGGGUUUCAUUAAAGAAUGGUGUAGCAUCAAUGAUCCUAUCAUUACUUCCAAGCACAGACACUUUUGGCUUUCGGCUCGGGGAGGCAAAGGUGCAACUUUCUUCCAUCGUCCCGAAUCCGGGUUCAUCCGACACCAGCCACCUCUGCCAUGCCGCCAAGUUCGACCCCAACGAGAUCAAAGUCGUGUACCUGAGGUGCACCGGUGGCGAAGUCGGUGCCACGUCUGCCCUGGCCCCGAAGAUCGGCCCGCUGGGUCUACAGGCCCAGACUGAAGUGGUACCUUCUGCCUCUGCCCUGAUUAUCAAAGCCCUCAAGGAACCACCAAGAGACAGAAAGAAGCAGAAAAACAUUAAGCACAGUGGAACUAUCACUUUUGAUGAGAUUGUCAAUAUUGCCCAACAGAUGCGACACCGAUCUUUAGCCAGAGAACUCUCUGGAACCAUUAAAGAGAUCCUGGGGACUGCCCAGUCUAUGGGCUGCAAUGUAGACGGCCGCCACCCUCAUGACAUCACAGAUGACAUCAACAGUGGUGCGCUGGAAUGCCCGGCUAGUUAA